AAGGCUGCCAAAAUUAAUCAUCUAAAUUCUACAAUGAAGCGCAAUCUCCUCUUUGGCUCUUCCAAAUUCCAAUAGCGAAAAUACUAAUUUACCCUUGAUGUAUCAUGAUUCAGGAACACAAGUUUGAUUGUAGACAACUAACACUGACCUUCUCAACCGAUCUUAUAAAGCAAAAGUUAGCCGGAAAAAGCCGCGGGAGUUCAUCGUCGUCCGUCGUGAACGCGGGAAGCAAAAAUAAUAGGAAUCAAAAUGGAAUUAGCAGACAGAGCAGUUGGAUUUCUGUUGUCCUUUAUAAGCUUAUCGAUAUUCACUUAUUAUACUUUCUGGGUUAUCAUCCUGCCCUUUGUAGAUGAUGAUCAUUUCGUACACAAGUAUUUCUUACCCCAAGAAUAUGCCAUAUUAAUACCUGUUUCUGCUGGUGUUGCUCUUAUUUGCCUCUUAUGCAUAUUUAUUGGGUUCGUGAUGCUGAAAUCCAAGAAGAAGGCAUAAUGUAUUUUGUAUUUUUUGUUGCACAAUUUAUUUUGGUGUUUUUAAACAACAAUGUGUUUUCUCUAGCAUUUUAUGCAUGAAUAUGACCCUAGUGCCAUGAAUUCGCUACCACAUUACCUCAUUUUUGUAGCUGGCGGGGAGAUUUUUUGUCCUUAAUGUAGUAUCUAUAACACACAACAUGGAUUUGGCUCCUCUCCUUUUCUCAUUCUUGUUAGAAGAGAGAUAGAGACACAAACAAUUGUUUACUCAAUUUUGUUUGUGUACAAGGUUCAUCAAAAUUGUGUGUCGCCUUGGCUCCUUACAUGAGAGUGAAAAGGAGAGGAUCUAAAUCUUACAUAUAACAGUACCAAACAUUUUCGUCUAUUGAAUUCUCCUUACUACCACUUUUUAAAGUGAAAUCAAAAUACUGUGUUUUUGUCA